AUGAGUCGCCCACUACAUCUGGACACGCACGUGGGACAUGAUCGGAGAUACUCGUUCAUGGAAACUCCUCUUGAGAUGCAUUCCACCGCGCAGUUUCCAGAGUCAAAUUCCCCUCCGUCAGUACCCACAAUGUCGAGUUCAGCUCAACAACCGGCGAUAGAACCACCCAGCGAACAGCUUGAACAGUCAGCCCACCGCUUUGCUUCAAAUGAAAAAGAACGACAUCUACAAGAGGAGGGUAUUAUUCCCACAUACUCAAACUAUCCACCGCCAGACCAGCAUCCUGCUCACUAUGCACCAUAUGCCGAACCUCCUCAACAUCCCCAACCUGUUCAAUCGCCGCUAUACUCGUACAGCCCCCGCAGCCAACCCCCAAAUUCACCAGGGCCCUUACCAGUAAAAAUGAACCCCGAAGCCCCCCAAAGAAGCGAAACCUUUUCUGUCGCCCCCGAUGCAAAUCCACUCCAGUCGCCGAAAUUGCCAUACUUCCCACCUCCCACCGCCGCACCGGCUUCGCAAGCGCCCACGGUCGAAGACUUGAGCUCGUACCAUCAGCCCGGACAGAUAAUGCACCCGAAUCAAGAGGUACAAGGUGGGACCUGGAGUCACGGGCUUUGCGAAUGCUCGAACAUUGGAACGUGUUGUCUAGGUGCAAUCUGCCCGUGCAUUCUAUACGGCAAGACGCAAUACCGGCUAUCAAUGAAAUCGCAAAAGGGGGACCCGACCAAUAUGCUGGGGUACGAGAUUUGUAAUGGAUCUUGCACUUGCAUGGCUCUGUUGUGCGGGUGUCAAUGGCUACUGGCUACCAUCCAGCACACUCGAACGAGAAAGGCAUAUGAUAUCAAGGGUAAUAUUGCAUCCGAUUAUGUUCGGGCGACCUGCUGUACUUGUUGCACUUUGAUUCAAGAUGAGAAGGAAAUUCAGAAGCGAGAAGAGCUGCGGGCCCGAGCGACGCUGGAGCGAGGUGCAACCCUCCUCUCUCCAUACACGGCCCCAGGGCCCAUGACGUAUUCCCCGCCACCGGGGAGGUGA